GAGCUUUCAAUCUACUUCACUUCAACUUCCAGUCCAAAAAACAACACAAUACCGCAAACAUGGGUAAGGAAAAGAUGCAUAUCAAUGUCGUGGUCAUCGGCCACGUCGACUCUGGCAAGUCGACGACCACUGGACAUUUGAUCUACAAGUGCGGUGGUAUCGACAAGCGUACGAUCGAGAAGUUCGAGAAGGAAGCCGCCGAACUCGGCAAGGGCUCCUUCAAGUACGCAUGGGUCCUCGACAAACUAAAGGCCGAGCGUGAACGUGGUAUCACCAUCGACAUUGCCCUCUGGAAGUUCGAAACCCCGAAGUACUAUGUCACCGUCAUUGACGCCCCCGGUCACCGUGAUUUCAUCAAGAACAUGAUCACUGGUACCUCCCAGGCUGACUGCGCCAUUCUCAUCAUCGCUGCCGGCACUGGUGAGUUCGAGGCUGGUAUUUCCAAGGAUGGCCAGACCCGUGAGCACGCCCUGCUUGCCUACACCCUAGGUGUCAAGCAACUCAUCGUCGCCAUCAACAAGAUGGACACCACGAAGUGGUCCGAGGCCCGUUACCAGGAGAUCAUCAAGGAGACCUCCAACUUCAUCAAGAAGGUCGGCUACAACCCCAAGACCGUUCCUUUCGUCCCCAUCUCGGGCUUCAACGGCGACAACAUGAUUGAUGUCUCCCCCAACUGCCCCUGGUACAAGGGCUGGGAGAAGGAGACCAAAACGGCCAAAUCCAGUGGCAAGACCCUCCUCGAGGCCAUUGAUGCCAUCGACCCCCCGGCGCGUCCCACCGACAAGCCCCUCCGUCUGCCCCUCCAAGACGUGUACAAGAUCGGCGGUAUUGGCACGGUUCCCGUUGGACGUGUCGAGACCGGUAUCAUCAAGGCCGGUAUGAUCGUGACCUUCGCCCCGGCCAACGUCACCACUGAAGUCAAGUCUGUCGAGAUGCACCACGAGCAGCUCGUCGAGGGUGUCCCCGGUGACAACGUCGGCUUCAACGUCAAGAACGUCUCCGUCAAGGAAAUUCGUCGUGGCAACGUUGCCGGCGACUCCAAGAACGACCCCCCCAAGGGUGCCGAGUCCUUCAACGCCCAGGUCAUUGUCCUCAACCACCCCGGCCAGGUCGGUGCUGGUUACGCCCCAGUCCUGGACUGCCACACUGCCCACAUUGCGUGCAAGUUCUCCGAGCUUCUCGAGAAGAUUGAUCGCCGAACUGGCAAGUCCAUCGAAAACGCCCCCAAGUUCGUCAAGUCCGGUGAUGCCGCCAUCGUCAAGAUGGUUCCCUCCAAGCCUAUGUGUGUGGAGGCUUUCACUGACUACCCACCACUUGGUCGCUUCGCGGUACGCGAUAUGCGCCAGACUGUCGCUGUCGGUGUCAUCAAGUCUGUUGUCAAGGCCGACAAGGCCACCGGCAAGGUCACCAAGGCUGCCCAGAAGGCCACCAAGAAGUAAACGGCUCGCGCCUGCUUCGACAAUUCGAUUCGAAAAUGGUGGGAAGGAGGAUUUCUGGGGAUGUUUGGGGAUGUUUGAGAUGUGGUGGUGGUUAGGUUCUAUCUCUAGUCAAUGGUCAUGCAUGACGGUGGGGGCGAACUGGCGUUGCUCAUUUCCAUAGAAUCAUGAUCUUUCUAAUGAAUUCAAUGGGUGGGCACACAUACCUUACUGCUGUUGUGAUGAAUGUGAUAUGUAAACGUCGCUCUAGUAUGUCGAUGUUUGUCUUUGUGAAAUGUCUAACUUAGAUUGAAGUACACUCGGCAUUGCUAGAGUAUCAUGAUGUUUGAUGUUGGC